AUGAGCUCCCUGGAGAUUGCAGACUUUUCGAUCGUAGCCGGGGCAGAUGGUUGGCUGGAUGAAGCAGUCAGGAUCUUUCGGCAGACAGGGUUCUGCAUAAUUCUCAAUGCUUUGAGCGAUGAAAGGGCAUCUGAGGUGCUGAAGGGCUGCCAGCAGGCAGAGCGCCAGAUCUUGGAGUUAGAUCCAGAAAGGAUCGGGUGGUGCCACGAUCCUGGCCACUAUAGCUUUUGCGCUGCCAGCCUGUCUGGCCACAUGUUGCAUCACGAAGCAUGGUCUUUGCUGCUGGCAUGCGAAGCCACGUUCAGCGCGCUGCACGCGAUCUUGCCGGACGGCGAUUUCGUCCUUGCAGGGACGGAGAAGUACCAAACCCUGCACGCGGAUGUGGGACCUGGACAAGUGCCGCCAGAGUAUCGUGCUGAUGAUGCUCCUCCCCAGAUCGCCAUAAAUUUCACGCUGCAAGCGAUGACGGAAAAGAACGGACCCAUGAGAGUCGUACCAGGCAAGAAGGUUAUUCACGGACAGCAAGACGUUCCACCGAACUUUCGACAUGAGCCAGACCGGUACAAGCAAUCUAAGCUUUUUCCUUUGCCGGCGGGAGCCGCCAUUCUCCGUGACCUCAGACUGUGGCAUGGGGGCACAUCAAAUGUGAGUGAAGAGACGUGUUUCUUGCCAAGUGUGGAGGUGUUCUCUGCCAAGUAUGCAUCCUUCGUCUUCGAGAAGUCUGAAGAAAAGAGAUGGCAUUGGAAUCGUCCUUCGAAGGACCGUCGAUGUCUCCCCGACUCCCUCUUCCUUCAACUUCCUUCCGUCGUCCGGGAGCGUUGCCAGGAGAUUCGGGCAGAGAACCCGGUCCCCACUGGCUUCCGAGACUUCACCCAGCCUUGGCUGGGAAAAAAGCGAGGCUUCGAGUGGGAAGCUCACAAGGAGGAAUCAGAAUCAACUUCCAGGCCAAGUGCAGCGAAGGAGUGGAGGCGUGGAGGCUUCCAGGGAAAGAGUUGGAGGACCUGGCGAGGGAGAGCUGAUUGGAACAGGUCUUGGAGCGAUACAAGGGCACACUCUGAUAGACAGGACUUAAGGUCGUCUGCUUCGAGCACCUCCGCCAAUCUGGAAGUUGUCGGACGUGGGGAUACAGAGAGUCGGAUUGACUUUGCUACUCUAUGCGCUUCAGUCGCAGACGUGGCUUCCGUGGUCGCGAAGAGCGCGCGGGUCACGCUUGCUCUUGUGCUUCUCUAUCGCGCGGUACAACUCUGGGGAGCCCUUCUGGCAGUCUCCGACCGUAUCGUAGCAGGCGCAGGUCGUACUGCCCUCCGCGUUCUGAAAGCUGCUUUGCCUCGAGUUCUGACCAGAGUGGCCUUCCUGCAGCGUCUGUGA